AUGGAGGAGGUUGAUGGCGGCACUUAUGUGGCCGCCAGUGUUCUGAGGAAUCUAAGUUGGCGAACAGACGUUCGCUGCCGAGCCAGCCUCCGCCGCGUUGCCGCGCCAAGACGACUCACUCUGGCUGCCAUUACUGCUCGUCGAGAAGCUACUCUGCGCACCACACUCAGCGCACUCUGGAACCUAAGCGCUCACUGUGCUCAGAACAAGCGAGCGGUUUGUGAGUAG